UUCUUCUCAACGUGCUUCUACACAUUGUAUUUUCUGGCUGAGUCACUACAGGGAUGGAAGGGCGAUUGGCUAGGCUAAGCGGGAGAUGUUUUGUCCCUCGAGUUUUGGGGUGGUAGUGAUGACAAUUUGGUUUGGAAGGUUGAGAAUGCCAAGGGGUAAUUCUGGCUGGAAAGUAUUGCAGAAGAGCGAGCUAGGAGGAAGCAGAGUCCUGGAAAGAAAAGGAGUGGAGAAGCUAACAACAGGGGAAAGGGGGCGAAAGCUAUACGAAGGAAACAGAAUUAGUAUGGGGAUAAUCCAGGAGUUCUGUAUUUUGAUACGGGGCAGAGCACAGGCUCAAUUUACAGGGAGUGCCCGAGUCCAGUAAAUGGAGAGGGAACUUCCCAUUACUGAUAAAGACUUCGGAGGAUCAGUCAGAAGAUGGGGCUUCUGCCUCCAGAGCGCUAUGGUAUAAUAGAAUGAGCACUGGAUUUCUCUAAGUUACAAGUAAUUUUCGGCUCUAAAGCCUGUGACCUUUGCCAGGCGGUGGUUUGCUACCUUCGUUAGUUUAGUUCCCUUUUUACACCUCAGUUUUCCCCAUCUGUAAAAAAGGGCUGAAAGAGUUUUACAGUUACUUCCGGCUCGCAUCUUCCAGGAUUCUGAGAUCCUCUCCUGCGUUCUCCCGACUCCCUCCUUCCAGAGUAGAAGGGGCUCGCGGGAGAGUCCUGGACCAAUAGAGAAGAAGGAAGCUUCCCAAGGACUAUACCUAAUUCCCCGUCCGGGUAGGGCGGAAGCAGGAGGUGUCAAGUGGGAGUGUACUUCCGCUAUUGCGUCUUCCGCAAGAUGGCGGCCCCCGUGUGUGUUCAGGUGGAAUUCGGAGGCGGGGCAGAGCUCUUAUUUGAUGGUAUAAAGAAGCACCAGGUGACCUUACCCAGUCAAGAGGAGCCUUGGGAUAUCCGAAACCUUCUCAUCUGGAUAAGGAAGAACCUAUUAAAGGAGCGGCCAGAGUUAUUCAUCCAGGGAGAUAGCGUGCGACCAGGGAUUCUGGUACUAAUCAAUGAUGCUGACUGGGAAUUGCAGGGUGAAUUGGACUACCAAUUACAGGACCAAGACAGCAUCCUCUUCAUCUCUACACUACAUGGUGGUUAGAGCAUCUAUCCUCCUUCCUCCUUCAGUUCCUUCAGCUCCCAGAGACCUUCAAGGCAGAAAACAUCCAAAAUGGGGGAACAAUAGAGACAGAAAUCCUCCCCUCCGCUCCCCUUCCCCCACAGCCAGAGCAUGUGGGACAACAAGCCUGCCAUGACUUUGUCUUCAUGAAGAAGGACCAGCAGCAAGAGACCCAGGCAGUCCUGUCCUCCCGCCUCUUCCCCUUGCUGCAUCCUCCCCACUCCCUCUCCAGCCUUAGCAGCUUUCCCUCCGGGAAGGAAAAUGAGGCCAGGUACUAAAAAUGUGCUGCUUACAGCUCGUGUACUAGUGGAAGAAGCUACUACCACCUCCUUCCCCCAAAUGGGAGGGGGGCACAGCUUUGCCAAGAGACCUGCCCCAGAUUGCUCCCCUCUGUAAUCUGUACCCCCAAGGGAGGUAGUAGCCUUCUGCCCCCACUACUCUGCAGGCAAGUUUGUGAGCUCUGAACCUCUAUGUUCAUGCCUCGUAUGGCACUGCUCCAGUAUUCCAAACUGUGUCAUCUUGGGCAAGUCAUUCAUCACCCUGAGUUUCAGUUUCCCAGUCUGUGAAAUUGCCUUUUGGCAAUUUCUAAGGACCCUUUCAAGCUCUAGAAUUCUGACAGAGAUUCCUUGCCUCAGUUUCCUUUCUCAGAAGCAAAGGGCUCCACCUGCUUCUUCCAGUGUCAUUACUGAACCUCAGCUGGGGGCCCCUAUUCAGUGCUGCCUCUUCCUCCUCCUUCUGCCUGGAUGCCCCCAGCUGCUCCAACCUUGCUCCUCUGACUCCCCUAGCCCUUGACCUAGGCCUGCCCCAUAGUAUACAGGCCACCAGAUGGACUCCCAGGCCCCCUCCCCCAGAGAUAAAAAACUGCCUGAAGACACCUGGGGUCUGUGGCUCACUGGGGAGGGCUUUGGGUCUCUUCCCUGUGCCUCAGUUUCCUCUCCAGUGCCUAGGAUUUUACCAUUGUGAGCUGAGGUGUUGGCAGAAAACCAGGGCACAAGAAACUGCUUUGUGACAUAUUUGAGACCUCUAGCUUCUCGCCCCACAGCAUGCAGACCCAUCUGGAAGCCAACAUGGCGGUGCUUGUAACAGCCGGCAUUGGGCAAAUAAAGGCUUUCAUGCCUGUC